UAACAUAAGCGAAAGGAUAUUAAAGAAUCUGUACAUUGCUUCAUUGCCACCUGUUGCUUCGAGUAACGUUGUUUGUAUAUACACAAAUACAUGCUUUAAAUAUCAUAAAUCGACCGAAGAAUUUAAAUAGAAGCACGUGUAUGUAUAUGUAUAUAUAUAUAUAUAUAUACUACUAUCAAGAGAACGCGAAGAGAAGAUUAAAAACAAUUGAAAAGAUACUAUGCAGUACACAGUUUUGGUUAUCGGUGGCGGUGGUAGAGAACAUGCAAUUGCUUGGAAACUUUCACAAUCUUCAAAUGUGAAUAAAAUUUAUGUUUCUCCUGGAAACAGUGGAAUUUCAACGGUUGAUAAGGUUUCCCUAGUGAAACUAAAUAUUAAAAAUAAUAAGGAAGUAGCAGAAUGGAGCAAAAAAAACAAAGUAAAUUUAGUAGUCAUUGGACCAGAAGAAUAUUUAGCCAAUGGUUUAGCGGACGAAUUAAAAGGUGUAGGAAUCAACUGCUUUGGUCCACAAAAGGCAGCAUCCAGAAUUGAAGCUGACAAAAACUGGGCAAAAACAUUUAUGGAUAGAUACGAAAUUCCUACAGCAAAAUGGAAAGGAUUCACAGAUGCAGAAGAAGCAAAGCAAUUUGUGACAAAUGCACCAUUUCCAGCACUUGUAAUAAAGGCUUCAGGUUUAGCAGCUGGAAAAGGAGUUAUUGUAGCAAAGGAUAAACAAGAAGCAUGUAAAGCAAUAGAUGAAACUUUGACAGAAAAAAAGUUUGGAUCUGCUGGAGAAUCAAUAGUUGUAGAAGAGUUACUCGAGGGAGAAGAGGUCUCUAUGCUUGCAUUUACAGAUGGAACGACUGUUGUACCAAUGGCACCAGCGCAAGAUCAUAAAAGAAUAUUUAAUGGAGAUAUGGGACCAAAUACUGGUGGCAUGGGUGCUUACUGCCCUUGUCCUUUAUUACAACAAGAAGAUUACGAAGUAGUAAAAUCAGAUAUUCUUCAGAAAACCAUUGGUGGUCUCAAACAAGAACAAAUUCCGUUUGUUGGUGUGUUAUAUGCUGGGCUAAUGUUAACAAAAGAUGGGCCUAAGGUUCUAGAAUUUAACUGCAGAUUUGGAGAUCCAGAAACACAAGUGGUAUUACCGUUGCUAAAAUCAGAUUUGUUUACGAUUAUGAAGGCUUGUUGCGAAGGUUCGUUAGUUGAAUCUUUAGUUACAUGGCAAGAGGAUGUAUUUGCUGUUGGCGUUGUGUUGGCAUCUCGUGGGUACCCAGCGUCGUCAUCAAAAGGCCAAGUUAUAACAGGCAUCAAUAAUGUUUUGUGUAAACCAAAUCAUUUGAUUUUCCAUAGUGGAACAGAUAUUUCUCCCGAAAAAGAAUUUUUGACUAAUGGAGGAAGAGUACUAAUUACAGUAAGUUUAGCAUCAUCAUUGGCUUUAGCUGCUGCCAAGGCAACACAAGCUGCUCAAAACAUAUUCUUUGAAGGAAAACAAUUCAGAACGGAUAUAGCACACAAAGGAAUUGCAAGAUCUAUAUUGAAUCGUGGACAACUUACCUAUAAAAGCAGCGGUGUAGAUAUAGCUGCAGGCGAUUCGUUAGUUUCAGCAAUUAAGCCAGCAACAUGUUCCACUCAACGUUUAGGUACAUUAGGUUCGAUUGGUGGCUUUGGUGGAUUAUUUGACGUAAAGGCAGCGGGUUACAGAGACCCAAUUUUAGUAUCUGGUACCGAUGGCGUUGGAACUAAAUUAAAAAUAGCAUUUGAAUCUAACAAACACGAUACAGUGGGUAUAGACUUAGUGGCUAUGUGUGUAAACGAUGUUCUCGCACACGGCGCUGAACCAUUAUUCUUCCUCGAUUAUUUCGCCUGUGGUAAAUUGAACGUUGAUGUAGCUACUAAUGUUAUAAAUGGAGUAAGCGAAGGAUGCAAGAGAGCUGGAUGUUCAUUAAUUGGUGGAGAAACGGCAGAAAUGCCUGAUAUGUAUUCCAAUGGAGAGUACGAUUUAGCAGGAUUUUCUGUAGGCAUUGUAGAAAGGAACAGAUUACUUCCACGUGUAAACGACAUAAAGCCUGAUGAUAUCGUGAUUGGUCUUAAAUCAAGUGGAGUACACAGCAAUGGAUUCAGUCUCGUUCGGAGAGUUUUGAAAUUGGCAAAUAAAAAAUACUCGGAUAUAGCACCUUUCUCAGAACAUAACCGGACAUUUGGCGACGAACUCUUGGAACCGACAAAAAUUUAUGUAAAAGGUGUAAUCCCCGCUUUGCAAACAAAUUUGAUCAAAGCAUUUGCGCAUAUUACUGGAGGAGGUCUUACAGAAAAUGUACCAAGAGUUUUACCAAAAAAUAUGGGAGUAACAUUAGACGCGACUAAGUGGAAAAUACAACCAAUUUUUAGUUGGCUAGCAGUUAUUGGUGGAAUAAAUAAAGAAGAAAUGUUAAAAACAUUCAACUGUGGUAUUGGCGCUAUUUUAAUCUGUUCAGAAAGAGAUAAAGAUGAAGUUUUACUUAAUCUACAAACGGAAGAUCCUAAGAUUAUUGGCCAUAUAAAUGAACAGAAAGACAAUCAAACCAGGGUGAAUGUUCGAAAUUUUGAAGAGGCCUUAGAAUUGGAAAUGAAACGAUACGUACCAGACAUCGUUAUGGGAUUAAGUAAACCUUUGAGAAGAGUAGGUGUUCUCAUAUCUGGUAACGGUACUAAUUUGCAAUCGCUAAUCGACGCGACUCGAGAUCCAGCGCAACAUAUCGGUGCAGAAAUAGUCAUAGUAAUAUCCAACAAACCAAAUGUUGAAGGACUUAAGCGAGCCGAAAGAGCUGGCAUUAAGACAGUGGUUAUUAAACAUACCGACUAUCCCAGCCGAGAAGCUUUCGAUUCAGCGAUGAAUGUUGAACUCGAUGCCGUUGGAGUUGAAAUAAUUUGUCUUGCUGGUUUUAUGCGCAUUUUAUCAGAUAGCUUCGUAAACCGUUGGCGAGGUGCGCUAAUCAAUGUGCAUCCGUCGUUGCUACCCUCCUUUAAAGGUGCUUGUGCCCAUAAAGAUGUUUUAGCAGCUGGUGUACGUGUUUCAGGGUGUACAGUGCAUUUCGUCGAGAUCGAUAUAGAUUCUGGAGCGAUCAUCGAACAAGGAGCAGUACCCGUAUUACCACAUGAUACAGUAGAGACUCUUCAGGAACGAGUGAAAACAGUCGAACAUCGCAUAUUUCCCCUUGCUUUAAAACAUUUAGCUACCGGAAGGAUCAAAUUGAAAGAAGAUAAUUCCAUUGUAUGGAAUUACUAAACUUCAAAUAUUUUAUAACUAUUUUUCAUCUCGAAUUAUAUUUUUUAUUCAGA